GCAGGCCGCCAAAUUUCAUUCUGACACUUAUACAGCGUGUCAGAAGUGAAAACGGACCAAACGCCAAAUCUUCAUUGAGGCUAAAUGAGUGCAGAUCCAAGAUCCAACACACAUAUCACACCCAUUCUCUCUCGCACGUGCCACGCGUACGGACACCCUCCCUUGUCACGUGCGACUCACUUUCCCUCCUUUCCUCUCCCGUCCCACCCCCACUGUUCUGAGAUUCCUUGACCUUCUGAGCUGGGCUUCAGAACCAAAAAAGGCGAUAGCAAAAGCAAAAGCGAAAUUCUCCUUGCGAAUCCUAAAAAGCUCAAACCGCCAUUGUCGAGGCCUCGAUCGAGCUUCGGCAUUUAGGUUUUGUAGAUCUGGAAGAAAGGUCCAGACCAGUGUUUGUCUCCUCCAGAAGCUUCUCUGAGGUUCUUACGGAGGGAGAGAGAUUCUGCAAUGGAGUCGAUUCUGGCUCGCGCUCUAGAGUACACUCUCAAGUACUGGUUGAAAUCUUUCUCCAGGGACCAGUUUAAGUUGCAGGGAAGGACUGUUCAGCUCUCUAACUUGGAUAUAAACGGCGAUGCUUUGCAUUCGAGCGUCGGAUUUCCGCCUGCUCUAAAUGUGACGACGGCAAAAGUUGGGAAAUUGGAGAUUGUGCUCCCAUCAUCUGUAAGCAAUGUACAAGUCGAACCGAUAAUCGUGCAAAUUGAUAGACUUGAUUUGGUUCUAGAGGAGAAUCCAGAUGCAGACGCAUGCAAAAGCCCAAGCAGUUCUCAAUCAUCCUCUACCUCUGCAAAGGGUAGUGGUUAUGGAUUCGCUGAUAAGGUUGCAGAUGGAAUGACUGUGGAGAUUCGUACAGUCAAUCUGCUACUUGAAACUCGUGGAGGUGCUCGACGAGGAGGGGCAAGUUGGGCGUCGCCUCUAGCAUCCAUUACUAUCCGCAACCUUUUGUUAUAUACAACUAAUGAAGAUUGGCAGGUUGUAAAUCUUAAGGAGGCACGAGACUUCAACAAUGACAAAAAGUUCAUAUACGUGUUCAAAAAACUUGAGUGGGAGUCACUGUCUAUUGAUCUCUUGCCUCAUCCUGAUAUGUUCAUGGAUGCUAAUGUAGCAAGCUCUCAAGAAGGAGGAAACCAUAGAGAUGAUGAUGGUGCAAAACGAGCGUUUUUUGGUGGGGAACGCUUUAUUGAAGGAAUAGCUGGAGAAGCUUACAUCACUGUGCAAAGAACCGAGUUUAAUAGCCCACUUGGACUUGAGGUUCAGUUACACAUUACAGAAGCUAUUUGUCCUGCUAUAAGUGAACCAGGAUUACGUGCUCUUCUUCGAUUUAUGACUGGAUUAUACGUUUGUCUAAAUAGAGGAGAUGUUGAUCCAAAGGCUCAACAGAGUUCCAUAGAAGCAGCUGGGCGUUCUCUCAUCUCUAUUGUUGUUGACCACAUAUUUUUAUGUAUUAAGGAUGCUGAAUUCCAGCUUGAACUUUUGAUGCAGUCACUCUUCUUUUCUCGGGCCAGCGUUUCUGAUGGAGAAAAUGUCAAUAACUUGACUAAAGUCAUGAUUUCUGGACUAUUUUUAAGGGAUACUUUUUCAUGGCCUCCAUGUACGUUGGUGCAACCAUCAAUGCACGCUACUGCUAAAGAACCUGUGCCUGUUCCUGAUUUUGCCAAGAACUUCUGCCCUCCUAUAUAUCCUUUGGGAGAGCAACAGUGGCAAUUAAUUGAGGGUGUCCCUCUAUUAUGCCUCCAUUCUCUUCAAAUUAAGCCCACCCCUGUUCCACCAGUGUUUGCUUCACAAACAGUUAUCAACUGCCAACCUCUUAUGAUUCAUCUUCAAGAAGAAUCCUGUUUGCGUAUAUCUUCGUUCCUCGCUGAUGGAGUUGUAGUCAAUCCUGGUUCUGUUUUACCAGAUUUUUCCAUAAAUUCUUUUAUUUUCAAUUUGAUGGAGCUAGAUGUUACAGUUCCUUUGGAUCCAUCUAAAUUGGGUAGUCCUGCUAUCAACAAGGAUAUUAUUGCUCAGAACUCCUUUACUGGAGCAAGGCUUCAUAUUGAAAAUUUGUUCUUUUCACAGUCACCUUCACUGAAAUUAAAGCUACUGAAUCUGGAGAGAGAUCCUGCUUGCUUUUGUCUCUGGGAAGGGCAACCUGUUGAUGCCAGUCAGAAGAAAUGGGCUGCUGGAGCAUCAGAACUUAGUUUGUCUCUUGAAACAUCAACUGAAUCAAGUGGAGUUCAAAGUUUUCUUAAUUCUGCCUCUGGCCUGUGGAGAUGUGUUGAGCUUAAAGAUGCUUGUAUUGAGGUAGCUAUGGUAACUGCUGAUGGGAGCCCAUUAAAAAAUGUACCUCCUCCAGGUGGUAUUGUCAGAAUAGGGGUUGCCUGUGAACAAUAUUUGUCAAAUACUUCGGUUGAACAAUUAUUUUUUGUCCUGGAUCUUUAUGCAUACUUUGGCAGAGUUAGUGAAAAGAUUGUUCUCAUUGGAAAAACUGCCAGGAAAAAGAACUGUAACAGCUGUCAUGAAAAGCUAAUAGAUAAGGUUCCUAGUGAUACAGGAGUAAGUUUAGCGGUCAAGAACCUUAAGCUUAGAUUUUUGGAGUCUACUUCUAUGAAUAUUCAGGGAAUGCCUCUGGUACAGUUUGUUGGGAAUGAUCUCUUUAUCAAAGUUACUCACAGAACCCUUGGUGGUGCAGUUGCUGUUUCAUCGACCUUGCGCUGGGAUAACGUUGAGGUAGAUUGUGUUGAUACUGACGGUAAUUUGGUUCAUCAGAAUGAAACUACACUAAUUUCCAAUGAAAAUGGUCUUUCUAUCUGUGGGAAUGGAUAUCCACAUCUAAAAGCUGUUCUUUGGGUACAUAAUCCAAAAAACCAGAAACCAAAUGGCAUUGCUUUUGUUGAUCCAUUUUUGGACAUUAACAUCGAACAUGUCAUUCCUUUAAAUGAAGCAGACAUAGAGUGUCAUAGUUUGAAUGUGUCAGCUUGUAUUUCGGGUGUUCGCUUAGGCGGAGGAAUGAAUUAUGCUGAAACUCUGUUGCAUCGCUUUGGAAUGCUGGGCCCUGAUGGUGGUCCUGGCAAAGGGCUCUCUAAAGGGUUGGAUAACCUAAAGGCAGGACCGUUGUCAAAAAUUUUCAAAACAUCAUCUUUUGUUGAUAUGGAAGACGAUGGAAGUUCAGGAGAUGGCAAAGAAAGCACUCUUUUGCACUUGGGAAAGCCAGAUGAUGUGGAAGUCUCUAUAGAGUUGAAAAACUGGUUAUUUGCUCUUGAAGGUGCACAAGAAAUGGCAGAAAGUUGGUGGUUUUCUGAUAAUGAACAUUUGGGGAGAGAAGAGAGGUGUUGGCACACAACUUUCCAGAAUGUACGAGUAAAAGCGAAAAGUUGUCCAAAGAAUUUUACUAAUGGCAAUUCACAUGGAAUAAAGAAAUAUCCUGUUGAAUUGGUUACGGUUGGUAUUGAAGGCUUGCAGACCUUAAAGCCCCAUGCCCAAAAGGGCAACCGUUCAACUGUGGCUCCAUUAAAUGGGAUCAAAGAAACUGUUGAGACAGUUGGAGGAAUAAAUGUUGAAACUCGCAUUGUGAUAUCAGAGAACAAUGUUGAUAAUGAAAUGGUGAAAUGGAUUGUGGAAAAUGUGAAAUUCUCCGUCAAGGAACCGAUUGAGGCCAUAGUGACGAAGGAUGAGCUGCAACACCUUGCUUUUCUGUGCAAGUCCGAAGUUGACUCAAUGGGUCGAAUAACUGUUGGCAUUCUGAGGGUACUCAAGCUGGAGGGGUCCGUUGGCCAAGCAGCCAUAGAUCAAUUAAGCAAUCUUGGAAGCGAGGGCAUUGACAAGAUUUUCUCCCCAGAUAAGCUCAGUAGGGGUACUAGUGCUGCUAGUGUUGGGCUCACUUCAUCAAAUUUAAAUGGUGAAAACUCACGUUUAACCUUGGAAUCAAUAGUAGCUUCACUUGAGCAAGCUGUCAUGGAUUCUCAAGCUGAGUGUGCUGCUCUUAUAAGCGAUUUAGAAGGUUCAGAUUCUCCUAUAAAUCUUGCUACUAUCACUCAACUUACUCAGAAACUUGAAAGUAUGCAGUCUCUUCUGACGCAAUUACAGACCCAAAUAUAGGUUCCAUUUUUUGUUUUGCUAUUAUAGGCCGGGAUGGAAAGGAUCCCAAUUAUAUAGUGCAUCCAUUCUUUCUGUAUAUAGAGCAUAGAUAUAUACCUGAACGCUGAGUGUAUCUACAAGUCGAGCCACAAAGUCAUAAAUAUAUAUUUAUAUAAAUAUGUUAAAAAGUUUUGUAACAUGAUAGACCCCUUUGUAUGAAUUACAGCUUUUGAAGGAAAAACAUUGUAUUUUUUGUUGGAAGAAAAUUUAAUCAAUAUGCUUGGCCGCUGAUGAGCGUAAAA